UUGCACAAAAACCUCCUCUUGUUGCGCUCACAUCUGUCCUGUUGUCUCUUUCCACGUGUUCCAGCCUUUUCUGCGGCCCCUCCCCUUCGGCUCCCGACCUCUGUCCUCAUUGGCCCAGAUGCCUGUCAGUCACCGCGUAGACGGACGAAGCCCCGCCCUCUGGCCGCUUGACAGUUGUCCCCUGACGUCACCGGUUCCGUCCCAACACGGAAACACAAGAGAGAGAAGUUGCGUCGCUGUUGUUAUGGAUUUAAAGCGGUGUCCCCAGCUUUAAAUUUUCACAGAGUUUGCGAGCUGUCCACUCGGCCUCGGCGACGUCAAACGGCCGGUGCUAACUUUCACACAAAUGGAGGUAGCCGCUGGAAAUGGAGAGAGAGUUCGACCUCUGUUGUCAGUUCAAUAGCUCCAGUACCUCGGUUUGUUUAGAGCCAUGAAAGAAAGCGUUUUAGGGGUCACGGGGGCUCUGGGACGCCCGCUGCUGUCACUCCUCCUGCUCCUCUGGGUCGGCGGCCUGUUUCAGGUUGUUGGGGUCAGAUCAGUCACCCUCCCAGAGUCCCUCCUGUUUGUCUCGACCCUGGACGGCAGUCUGCACGCCGUCUCCAAACAGACAGGAGACAUCAAGUGGACGUUAAGAGAAGACCCCAUUAUUCAAGUUCCUGUCUACCUCACAGAGCCGGGUUUUCUUCCUGACCCAAAUGAUGGCAGUUUGUACGUACUUGGUGGAAAGCACAAAGAAGGCUUGAUGAAACUGCCCUUUACUAUCCCAGAGCUGGUUCAGUCAGCUCCCUGCAGGAGCUCUGAUGGCAUACUCUAUACAGGUAAAAAGCAGGAUGUGUGGUUUGUGGUGGAUCCUGAAACAGGUGAAAAGCAAACCAGUUUAACUACCUCCACCUCCGAAUCCAUCUGCCCAAACACUCCUCUCCUCUACAUAGGACGCACAGAGUACAUGGUUACAAUGUUUGAUACGAAGACGCAAGAGCUGCGAUGGAACGCCACUUACAACGAUUACUCUGCUCCUCCUUAUGAUGAGAAGCAAGACUACAAAAUGGCCCAUCUGGUUUCGAGUGGCGAUGGUCUCGUAGUGACAGUUGACAGAGAGUCAGGUGACGUCCUGUGGAGUCAGAACUACGGCUCGCCUGUCAUAGGCGUCUACCUGUACUCUGGAGACUCGCUGAGACACGCCCCUCACCUGUCCCUCGCCAUGGAAACGCUGCGCUUCCUCACCUUCUCCUCUGCCAAUGACCAGGCAGACGCACACUCCACCUUGAAGUGGAGCUACCAGUUUGUGAAGGAGCAAGCCAGCGCUCAAACACAACUAGUACCCACUCUCUACGUAGGAAAAUUGGACUCCCACCUUUACGCCUCGACUUCUCUUGUCCACCACGGAGUCUCAUUAGUGCCCCGGGGACUGACCCUCGCCCGCAUUGAAGGUCCAAUGACGGCCGGAGUAACGGUCAGAGAGAGAGGGGAGUGUGAGAUCACACCGUCCACUGAUGUUCGCUAUCCUCCAGGGAGCACAAACAGCCAGAAAAACCACUGGCUGCUAAUUGGCCACCAUGAGCUCCCUCCGGUUGCCCACACCACCAUGCUGAGGGAAUUUCCCGUCACCCUGCAGCGUUCUGGCGAACCAGUCAUCCCCCCUAGAACUCCAUCCUCUUCUCCAGUGUCCCCUGCCUCCUACUACCGGGAACGCUACUUUCAUACGGUUGCUGGUAGCCAUGGCGAUGCUAAUGCUAACAGAGGAGAGGCUGAUGGCAGGACAUCCGGACAGGCUCAGAGGGUGCCCACUGGGUCGGUCUAUUUCACUCAGGACCGUCUGACUGUGGUUGUCGUGACUCUGCUGCUGGGAGGAUGGCUUGCCCUUCUGCUCAUGUAUCCCAUUCGUGCGUCCAACCAUCUGAAGGCUCAAAGGCAGCUGGAGGAGGCUCUGGAGUCCCGUCUCCAGCGCAUGCAGACAAACAUCCAGACGGUGACCUUGGGUUCCUCAGACACGGCUCAAACAGUCUCCUCCACUGACUCCCCGCCUGCGUCUGCUGACCCUCCACCCAGUCCGCACAGUCACAGCAGCAGCACCUCGGAUGUGGAUAAAAAUGGCACAGCUGUGCUCAAAUCUGCAGCAGAGGGAAACAGUGAGGAGGUGCAGGUGGGCAAAAUCUCCUUCACCCCCUCCGAUGUGCUUGGACACGGAACAGCGGGAACCUUUGUUUUCAGAGGCAAGUUUGACGGACGGCAUGUGGCGGUGAAGCGAAUCCUGCCGGAGUGUUUCGAGGUAGCGGAGCGAGAGGUGCAGCUUCUCAGAGAGUCCGACACACACCCGAACGUGAUCCGAUACUUCUGCACGGAGAGAGACCGUCUCUUCAGUUACAUCGCCAUCGAGCUGUGUGCUGCAACCCUGCAACAGUAUGUCGAGGAUCCAUCUUGCUUUUCCGAACUCAAUCCUAUAUCUCUGCUGGAGCAGACCAUGUGUGGCCUCUCACACCUCCACUCACUCAAUAUAGUCCAUCGUGACCUGAAGCCCAGAAACAUCCUCCUCUCUUGUCCGAGCGCGCUGGGCCGGGUCCGAGCUCUCAUCUCGGACUUUGGACUCUGUAAGAAGAUCCCAGAGGGUCGAUGCAGCUUCUCGAUGCGGUCUGGAAUACCGGGAACUGAAGGGUGGAUAGCUCCAGAAGUGCUGAGAGAUACGCCUGGAAACAAGCCGACGACAGCAGUGGACGUGUUCUCAGCAGGCUGUGUAUUUUACUACGUGAUCAGCAGGGGGCAGCAUCCGUUUGGCGACGCUUUGAGACGUCAGAUCAACAUCCUGUCCGGAGAAUAUUCCCUCUCACAUUUUAUGCAGGAUAUACACGAUGACGUGAUAGCACAGGAUCUGAUUGAGCAAAUGAUCAGCGCCGAGGCCGAGUCACGUCCCUCCACAGCCUGUGUGCUCAAACAUCCUUUCUUCUGGAGCCCCGAGAAGCAGCUGCUCUUUUUCCAGGAUGUGAGCGACCGCAUAGAGAAGGAGCCGGCGGACAGUCAGAUCGUGAUCAGGCUGGAGACUGCGGGACGAGCGGUGGUCCGAACCAACUGGAGGAUGCACAUCUCUGUGCCUCUGCAGACGGAUUUGAGGCGGUUCAGGACUUACAAAGGAAACUCGGUGAGAGACCUGCUCAGAGCGAUGAGGAAUAAGAAGCAUCACUACCACGAGCUGCCGCCGGAGGUGCAGGAGACCCUCGGCGAGCUGCCCGAAGGCUUCGUCGGCUACUUCACCUCCAGGUUUCCACGGUUACUGAUGCACACACACGCUGCUCUGCACAUCUGUGCACACGAGAGACUGUUUCACCCUUACUAUCUGGCCCCCAACGCCAAAUAGCUUUCACGUUACUCUGCACUCCCUGCGCUUCACACUCAAUGUGCACAGGUGUGUAAAACGAAUCCUUGACAGUUCCCCCGUUAUUGCUUUUGUAAAGCCCAUACUGUUUUUUGGGGAGAAGUAACAGUGCUGUGAAACAGUUUUUUUUUUUUUUUUUAAUGCUUUGGCUUGUUUUAUAGAUUCAUUUUUAUUACAUUUCACUUUUCUAUCCUCCACAAAGACCGCAUACGUUUGUAUGAAAACUGUUUUAAACUGCGUUUAUAUGAAGACACUCCUUUUGAAAUAAGGUGAAAAAGAUAUAUUUUUUAGAAAUCAAGUUUAAAAUACAACACACACUAACAAAAAGAAGCUGAAACUUCUUUGACUUUUUUAAACCUUUGUCUGGAACAUACACAGACCAAACAGUGUUCCUGUUACAUUAAAACAAUUAGAGUGUGUUCUUAAUGUCUGCACUCAUCUUGUGUCAUAACUUUGUCAAAAGGAAUUUUUUUUAAAAAUGCAGCAUCUCAGAGAGCCAUUCAUAACCAUUAAAAGAUUUAAAUGACCCUUUUUUUGGCAUUUGACACACAAACUUUGUCGCAGCACUAUGGGUAAAGCAGACACUGGACAACUAAAGCUUGUGCUGUUGUACAUGUCUACAAAGCUGCGUGUCCAUUUAAGCAGCUAGUUAAACAGUUCUGCUCAGGUUCCUGUGUCUGCUGCGCUUCGUUUAGCCCUCCUGUAGAAAGGGCCAAAGACUCACAAUGUUUACGGGCGACUUUUUUUUUUUUUUUUGUAUUUGAGGCGUGUGUUUGUACCUGAACGGUAGCUACACUGACUGUGUUAUCCACUAAAAACCCUAAAAACAUGGCCGCUGAUUAAUGACGUACGUGUGGAGAGGGGGAGCAAAAAAUGUCAGAUUUCCCAGUAAUGUAGUUUGUCUUGUUUACGCAUUUUGAACUGAACUGCAGUUACUUUCAUUGGAUCACCGGCUCCUGUGCGCUGCUGGACUUCAGGCCCGUACAGCCCCAAAGAAACACCACUAAAUUCUCAGAGCGACACCUGACACCUCUCCCUGUAAACACUGGAUGGAGCUUUGUUUAUAGUUUUGCAGCAGAGCGAAUGAUGAUAUAUAUUUUUCUUUUUGUAUUUUUAUUGAAGGAAUGAAUAAAUUGAUGCUUUGGGUGUGCCAAAGAAUGAACUAAAA